GUUCAGAGUCAAACCUUGGUGCUUCUCCUACUCUGUGUUUUCACCAUGAGUGGGUGUCCCUUUUUAGGAAACAACUUUGGAUGUGCUUUUAAAAAAUUGUCCAUGGAAGGCAGUGAAGACGACAAAUCACAAACCGGGCUGAAUAGAGCCAGCAAAGGAGGACUUAUCUAUGGCAACUACCUGCAGUUGGAAAAGAUUUUGAAUGCACAAGAACUUCAAAGUGAAAUAAAAGGAAAUAAAAUCCAUGAUGAACAUCUUUUUAUCAUAACCCAUCAAGCUUAUGAACUCUGGUUUAAGCAAAUCCUCUGGGAAUUAGAUUCUGUCCGAGAGAUCUUUCAGAAUGGCCAUGUCAGGGAUGAAAGAAAUAUGCUUAAGGUUGUUACUCGAAUGCACCGAGUGGCAGUGAUCCUUAAACUACUGGUGCAACAGUUUUCCGUUCUGGAAACAAUGACAGCCUUGGACUUCAAUGAUUUCAGAGAGUACUUAUCUCCAGCAUCAGGUUUCCAGAGUUUGCAAUUCCGACUAUUAGAAAACAAGAUAGGUGUUCUUCAGAGUCUGAGAGUCCCUUACAACAGAAGACAUUAUCGUGAUAACUUCAAAGGAGAAGAUAAUGAACUGCUACUUAAGUCCGAGCAGGAAAAAACGCUACUUCAGCUAGUGGAGGCAUGGCUGGAAAGAACACCAGGUUUAGAGCCACAAGGAUUUAACUUCUGGGGAAAGUUUGAAAACAACAUUCUCAAAGGCCUGGAAGAAGAAUUCACAAGAAUUCAGGCUAAGGAAGAAUCAGAGGAAAAGGAGGAACAAAUGGCUGAAUUUCAGAAACAAAAAGAGGUGUUGCUCUCCUUAUUUGAUGAGAAACGUCAUGAGCAUCUCCUUAGUAAAGGUGAAAGACGGCUGUCAUACAGAGCUCUUCAGGGGGCCUUGAUGAUAUAUUUUUACAGGGAAGAGCCUAGAUUCCAGGUCCCUUUUCAGUUGCUGACUUAUCUGAUGGACAUAGACGCACUCAUGACCAAAUGGAGAUAUAACCAUGUGUGCAUGGUGCACAGGAUGCUGGGCAGCAAAGCUGGCACCGGAGGGUCCUCUGGUUACCAGUACCUGCGCUCAACAGUGAGUGACAGGUACAAGGUAUUUGUAGAUUUAUUUAAUCUUUCAACAUAUCUGGUUCCCCGACACUGGAUACCGAAGAUGAACCCAAUUAUUCAUAAAUUUGUUUACACGGCCGAAUAUUGCGACAGCUCUUACUUCAGCAGUGAUGAAUCAGAUUAAAAUCAUCCGCAAAGAUCUAUGAAGACACGAAUUUCUCAGUCUUGUUUUUUUAAGUUUUCUAUGAAAUUGCAUGAUACACCGAGUCCUAUGUAAUAUAUGUAUAUACAUCAGUAAGCAUGUGUUGCUCUAAUGAUUCAAUCCUGUAAAUAAUUUUAUUAACUCAUUUUUGUAAUGAUGAAUUAAGGAAACUAAUUCAGUUGAAUUGUAACAUUGUAUAUAGGUUUUCCUGUUAAAAACUCAAUUGUCCCCUGAUAAUUAUACCUUAAGGUAAACCAUUUAACAUAAUCAUGAUCUCAUUUCAUACUUUAAAAAGCAUGAAACUUCAGUGAUUUCAAAUAUUUUAUGCAAUAAAAUGUGUCAUUUUAUACAAAGA